AUGUACAUCACCUUUCUUGUCUUCGCCACUUUCUCAACGGUUUCAUCGAUCAAUGAAUGCGUCCGGCCAUGGCAACAGCCGAUGCUAACGAGAGCUCUGAUCGGACAACCCCCUCGGGCACAUAUCUGUCAUCCAGAAGGGACAAAAUGCCCAAAGGGCAGAAAUGAGCAAUGUCAAUUCUCUUUCCGUAAUUUCCGCUACGUUUGCUGCGAGGAUCGACCAAACGAGGAUCCACCAGAGUGUCCUCGCUAUCACGACACUCUUCUAACAUUGUGCGAUGGUCGAGAGAAUGGCUGUCCAAAAGGCUUUCGUUGUCUCGGCUCUCGGCACGAUGAGUCAAUCCAUUUAUGUUGUCGUCCAAAUCUUGACCUCAAAUAUCCCGAGCCAGAGACAACGUUCAAAGACAAGAAACUCGUGCCAAAGUAUUUGCCGAUCGCUCCAAAGAAUGUGGCUCAGAUUCAUUUCGGUAAUCACACGAUUCUCACGGGCGAGCUUUUCUCGGUGGACGAGCUCGAGCGGUUGGUGAUGGAGCCGACAAUCGAGUUGCCCCAAUGGAACAAUCAAGCACUUUACACGAUUAUUCUAUUUGACAUUUCAUCACCGAAUCCCGUUUAUGUGCGCUGGUUGGCGUUGAAUGUGCCGAUGAAUGAAGGGCUGUUGGCGGUGAAUUCAAAAGCGAGAAUUGUCGAGGUGUACGACGCACCACAUCGAGAGGAUAAACCAACUGGCAUGCACGUUCUAAUCCUCGCCGUUUUCGAGCAGAAAGACGUCUGGAAUGGGAAAAGUAUCGGGAAAUUCGAUCCGAUUGGGGUGAAUGUGGGUGAUUGGAUUCGAAAAAACGAAGAGAUAAUCCCCUUGCAACCGAUUGCCGGCAAUUUCUAUGCGUACAUGACGAUCACUGAU